AAGAUGGCCGCGGUGGAGCAGCGCCCGCCCGUGCGGGAGGGGAUUCGGAUCGCGGUGCUGUGCCUGUGCUGGUACACCGUCAGCUCUGGUGGCAACGUGGUCAAUAAAAUCAUCCUCAACGGCUUCCCCUAUCCGGUCACAGUGUCUCUCUUUCAUAUAGUCUCCAUCAUCGUGUUUCUCCCGCCGCUGCUGCGAGCCUGGGGCGUCUCGCGAGCGGAGUUACCGGCCCGUUACUACCGCUGGUUCAUUCUGCCGCUCGCCUUCGGGAAAUACUUCGCCUCCGUCUCGGCCCAUUUCAGCAUAUGGAAGGUCCCGGUGUCGUACGCGCACACGGUGAAGGCCACCAUGCCCAUCUGGGUGGUCCUGCUAUCACGGAUUAUCAUGAGAGAGAAGCAAACCACAAAGGUGUAUGUGUCUCUAGUACCCAUCAUUGGAGGUGUCCUGUUGGCCACGGUCACUGAACUGUCCUUUGACGUCUCUGGAUUGAUCAGCGCUCUGGCAGCUACGCUCUGCUUCUCUUUACAGAACAUAUUCUCCAAAAAGGUCUUGCGUGACACAAGGAUUCAUCACCUCCAGUUACUGAACAUCCUGGGCUUCAAUGCACUCCUGUUCAUGCUGCCCACGUGGAUUCUGGUGGAUUUCUCAUCCUUCCUGAUGGAUGGAGACCUGACAGAGGUUUCCAACUGGACAGGAACAAUCGUGCUCCUCCUCAUUAGUGGUUUCUGCAACUUUGCACAAAACAUGAUCGCUUUCAGUGUGCUGAACCUGGUGAGCCCACUCAGUUACGCCGUGGCCAACGCAACGAAGAGGAUCAUGGUCAUCAGUAUAUCCCUGCUGAUGCUCAGGAACCCCGUCAACACCUCCAACAUCAUCGGCAUGAUGACGGCAAUACUGGGCGUCUUCCUCUAUAAUAAGGCGAAAUACGAUUCUAACCAGGAGGCCAAAAAGAAACUGCUGCCAGUUUCAGCAAAGGAUUUGGUUUCCUUCGACAAGCCCCAGUCCAACGGCUCCGGGCCCUUCGCUCACAGCUCAGACUUUCAGCACAGUCGCAGCGCAGUACUCACCGAUCACUUUGAGUACAGUCGACAGGCCUACACGACCAGUUACAGCUCCAAGCAGUAUGUUGUGUGAGUCGAGCACUUUGG